AUGCUAUCUUGCUUCGCUACGCGGUGGCGGGGAGCAUUCGUGACUGACUUUGAUGGCAACUUCGGAACCUUGGACUGGUCGAUUCUAGCGGGCUAUGUGCUUGGCACGCUCGUGCUGGGCUGGUUUCUCAGCAAACGGGUCCAAACCGAUCAACACUAUUAUCUGGGCGACCGCACGACGCCCUGGUGGGCGAUCGGUCUGUCGGUGAUUGCAACGUAUGUCGGCGCCCUGACCUUCUUAGGCGGCCCAGCCUGGUCCUACGUCGAUGGAUUUUCGGUAAUUUUCAUUCACGUCAACUACCCGAUUGCCGUGUUCGUCGUCAUCACCGUAUUUUUGCCCUUUUUUUACAAUAGCGGUGUCGCCUCCAUUUACGACUAUCUGGAACGUCGCUUCGGCAAAACCUCACGCACGGUGAUGGCCGCCGUUUUUCUGUUCGGCAAUAUCGCUUACUCGGGCAUCAUGCUCUACACGACCGCGUUGGUGCUGCAAUUUAUUACCGGUAUGGACGUGGUCACUGCAAUCAUGAUUGUUGCGACCAUCGCGCUGACCUACACCAUGCUCGGCGGGAUCUCGGCAGUGAUUUGGACCGAUGUUGCACAGACUGUCAUCCUGUUCGCUGGCGCAUUCAUCGUGUUGUUCUUGUUGAUCGAUCAAUUGCCUGCCGGGUUUCUCGGGACCUUACAAGAGCUCAAGUCCGCCGGCAAGACCAACCCAUUUGAAACCACGACGGACCCGGCAGUCGUCGGAACGAUCUGGACCGGCAUUGUGGCGAUGUCCAUCUAUCACGUGGUGGUUUACGGCGUAAACCAAAUGAUGGUUCAGCGAACCCUGACCGCCAAAACAUUGGGCGAUGCUAAGAAGUCUUACCUGCUAAUGGCCUAUGUUGCGUUUUUCGUUUUCGCGCUGUUUUUCCUACUGGGCAUCCUAUUCCAUAGCUACUACAACGGUAAGACAUUCGAAAAUGGCAAUCUGAUAACGCUCGAUUUCGUCGCCGCCAUCGGUUUUCCCGGACUUAUGGGGUUGAUCACCGCGGCUAUCGUAGCGGCCGCUAUGUCCAGUCUCGACUCCAGCCUCAAUUCGAUGGCCACCGUGACCACAAUUGACUUCUAUCAGCAAUUUGUUCGGCCCGACGCUUCGCCGCAACAUUACUUGGUUGCUUCGCGCUGGUUCACGUUAGCCUGGGCCGCACUGAUCGUCGUUCCAGCCAUUGCCUUUACCAAGAGUGAUGGUUCGGUACUCGAGGUGCUCAGUAAAAUCGGCUCCUUCUUCGUCGGGGCUAAACUGAGCAUGUAUGGUCUCGGAUUUUUCUCCAAACACACCACAGAGCGCGGUUUGUUGAUUGGUGUUGUCGCUGGCUUUCUGUCGUUGUGGUACGUAGAAACCCAACUCGAUGUCGCCUGGCCGUGGUACGCCGCGCUCGGCGGCGUGGUCAGCCUGAUAGUGGGUUGGGUCAGCUCUGUGGCGCUGGACGGAUUUCAGUCUGAGUACAGCGACUACACAGUACAGGGUCAGAAGAGACUCUUCGCGGCGCAGGGAAAACCGGAAAUGAUAGACGGCUGGUAUGCCGUUCCGGGCAAGGUAGACCGCAGCAGCUACCUGCUGCUCGGCUACUUUGUGUUUUGCCUGAUCCUGCUGGCCAUUUUUCAGUGGGUGAUAUAA